ACAUUACACAAGCCAAAGGGCUCCAGCUAUCUCUAUAUUUAGCUAUAAGAGAAAGAGAGAGAAAGGAAGAGCGAAAGAGAGAGAGAGAGAGAGAGAGAGAGAGAGAGAGAGAGAGAGAGAGAGAGAGGAGAGAUUAACUUACUCCAUUUUCAAAGCUAGCUUGUAGUGCUUGAGGAUUAAGUGCUUCUUAGCUGACGAUCCUUAUCAACAACCUCUUUCUUGAUAUCUGGUGGGACUUAUUUCUUGUUCUUACUUUAAAAUGGGUGCUCCUUUGUCCGCUUGGCCUUGGGAGUAUCUAGGAUCCUACAAGUAUGUGUUGUUUGGACCUUUGAUUUGGAAAGCCUUGUACUCGAUCAUGUAUGAAGAUGUCCUCCCUAUGCAAAGCUGGUGUCUCCAUGUUCUCAUCAUCUGUGCGCUUCGAGGACUAAUUUAUCAGCUAUGGAACAGUUAUAGUAACAUGCUUUUCCUAACUCGGAAUCGCCGGAUAAUCAAGCAAGGUGUUGAUUUCAAGCAGAUUGACGCAGAAUGGCAUUGGGACAACUUCAUAAUUCUUCAAGGUUUGAUUGCAUCCAUGGCCUGUUAUCUUGUCCCAUACCUGCAAGACCUCCCUGUGUGGAAUCCAAAAGGCUUAAUUACAUGUAUGGUACUCCAUGUGGGAGUUUCAGAGCCUUUAUAUUAUUGGGUACACAGAAGAUUUCAUGCCAACGACUUUUAUCAAAACUACCACUCCCUUCACCAUUCCUCUCCAGUACCCCAACCUCUUACAGCUGGAAAUGCAACAUUUCUGGAGGAUCUGAUAUUGACUGUGAUCAUUGGAAUUCCAAUUCUGGGUUCUACUCUGAUGGGGUUUGGAUCAAUCGGCAUCAUCUACGGCUACUUUUCAGUUUUUGAUUUUUUGAGAGGCUUGGGGUAUAGCAAUGUUGAAGUUAUUUCUCAUAAACUAUUUGAGAAAAUUCCAUUUCUCAAAUACCUUCUCUACACUCCUACAUACCACAGCCUGCACCACACUGAAAAGGGCAGCAAUUUCUGCCUUUUCAUGCCUCUCUUUGAUGCAUUGGGGAAUACACUAAACCAGAAAUCCUGGGAAUUACACAAGGAGAUGAGCUUAAAAGCAGGAAUAAACGGGAAUGUACCGGAUUUCGUUUUCCUUGCUCAUGUGGUGGAUUUGACGUCGCAGAUGCACGUUCCGUUUGUUUUCCGAUCAUUCGCUUCAAUUCCCUUUUCAUUUAGGCUCUUCCAGGUGCUGUUUUAUCCUUCCGGCAUUUUGGUGUGCCUAGCAAUGUGGGCAUGGGCAAAAACUUUUUUGAUUACAUUCUACAAUCUCAGAGGUCGGUUGCACCAGACUUGGGCUGUACCAAGAUAUGGCUUUCAGUACUUUUUGCCCUUUGCUCUAGAUGGGAUCAAUAAUCAAAUAGAACAAGCCAUCCUCAGAGCUGACAAGUUGGGGGUCAAGGUCAUAAGCCUGGCUGCAUUGAAUAAGAAUGAAGCCCUGAAUGGGGGAGGAACACUGUUUGUAAACAAGCAUCCGGACCUUAGAGUUCGAGUUGUGCAUGGGAACACCUUAACUGCUGCUGUUAUCCUGAAUGAGAUCCCAAAGGAUUGCCAAGAGGUCUUUUUGACCGGAGCAACUUCCAAGCUCGGAAGAGCCAUUGCUCUCUACCUCUGUAGAAGAAAAGUUCGAGUCCUUAUGCUGACAUUGUCUACAGAAAGGUUUCAAAAAGUUCAAAAGGAAGCUCCGGCAGAAUUUCAAAGCUACCUUGUUCAAGUCACAAAGUACCAGGCUGCGCAGACCUGUAAGACAUGGAUCGUGGGCAAAUGGAUCACACCAAGGGAGCAACGUUGGGCUCCAAGUGGAGCACAUUUUCAUCAGUUUGUUGUCCCACCCAUCUUUCAUUUCAGAAGAGACUGCACUUAUGGUGAUCUUGCAGCCAUGAGAUUACCAGAUGACGUCGAAGGGCUUGGCUCCUGUGAGUACACCAUGGACAGAGGAGUAGUGCAUGCUUGCCAUGCUGGUGGUGUUGUUCAUUUUCUGGAAGGCUGGACUCACCAUGAAGUUGGGGCAAUCGACGUUGACAGAAUUGACCUAGUUUGGGAUGCUGCUCUAAAACAUGGUUUAAAGCCAGUUUCAUCAAGCAAAGUUCAUUCACUGUAAAUCAGAGUGAAUUACUGAAACCUUUUGGUUGUGUUAUAAAUGUACUACUUGAUAUUUAUUAUACCUCAAUCUAUGAAGCAAAGCUUCCCAUUCUAUUUUAAGUAUAUACAGUACCUUCUUAACAAAUUAUUAAACCG